AUGCGAGCUGGUGACGUCAGUCUUAGGUCUGAAACGUCAUUUGGCGCAGUCGGCGACUGCAUUGAACCAGCGGAUCCGUCAAGCCGCUGCGUCAGCUUGAAAACGUUAUGCUACGUCUCGCUGGCUACAAUGGCAGGUCGGCCGACUGCAGAACAUUGCCGUAGAAUUUUCUUCGGCGGACGUAGAGACAAAAGAACAGACUAUCGGUCGAGUUUUGGUUCCUGUCGAUGA